AUGAUCCAGAAAGAGCUACUGUUCGGUUCCGACCCAGAUGAGCCUGACGGUUCUGGUGACGGAAACGGAGAAGUUCGGGUCCAGAAACCAGGAGUCUUCCUGCUGCAGGUCCAAUUCGGAACCAGAACCGGUCUGCUUCAACUCGAGCUGCGGUGUCACCUGAGCUCUUCCAGAACCGGUCCAAUCGGAACCGAAACCUCGCUGAGGAAGGGCGGGAAGCGGCAGGAUCCAGAACCUUCCCGCCCUGGCAGCCGGUCCAGUUGUUCCGAUCCGGUUCUGGUUCCGGACUAUUUGGGUUUUCCCGCUCCCAGUCUUUCUGGUUCCCGCGGGUCAAAGCUAGCCACUAGCAGCAGCGCCCCCUGGUGGCAGCAGAGUGGGGUAACCUGUCGGAACCACCUGCAGUCCGGUACUGAGGGUUCUGUUGGGAACUUCUGGACCAAUCAGAACCUGGUUACUACCGGGUGGAAACGUCACGUGGUUUUCCACAUGAAUGCUCCUCGUGCACGCGCUUCUUCACGCGCCCCGCAUCGCAGGAACCUGAACAGAACCGAACCGAACCUCUCCGUCACUCCGCCCCCACCGGGACGGGGCCCGCGGCCCCCGCGCCUCAGAGAGACGGAGGAGGACGAGCAUCCAGCACAGAGCCGAACCGAACCGAACCGGACCGGACCGCGCAGCUUGUCCAUGAGCCCAAAGCUGUCCACGCCGUUCUCAGUCACAGACAUCCUGAACCCGAUGGAGGAGGCGUACCGCCGGUUCGGAGGGAUGGAGCCCGGCCCGCUGGGGGCCUACCGGCAGGCUGGGACCCAGAUCCAGAACCAGAACCACCUGUACCACCACCACCAUCAUCAUCACCUGUCCGCUCCCUCCUCUUCCUCAGCUCUGGGCCCCGGGCCCGCCUACCACGCUUCCCCCGGGGUGCCGCAGUUCUCCGGGGCCGCGGCGGGCUUCGGCGGCGGGGAGCUGCUCCCGGAGCCGGGGCGGGGCGGAGGGCCCGCCGCCUGGUACGGCGGCCCGGAGCCCCGCUACCAGAGCAUCUCCAGGCUGAUGGGCGCCCCGGGCGCGGUGAGCCUCCCCGGGAUGGAUCCCGGCUCCAAGCCGGUGCUGUCGCUCCACGCCGCGCCGCGCCGCAAGCGGCGGGUCCUUUUCUCCCAGGCGCAGGUGUUCGAGCUGGAGCGGCGCUUCAAGCAGCAGAAGUACCUGUCCGCCCCGGAGCGGGAACACCUGGCCGGCCUCAUCCACCUCAGCCCGAACCAGGUCAAGAUCUGGUUCCAGAAUCACCGCUACAAGCUGAAGCGGCAGGCCAAAGACAAGGCCGCCCAGCAGCAGCAGCAGGAGGCCGGCGGCCAGAGCGCGGCCUCCCGCCGCUCCUCCGCCAGGUCCCCGCUCCUCUCCAAGGCAGAUCGGAGCUGCCGGGGCGAACCGAGCCACACCGGGACCCGCCAGGCCGGCUCUGCUGACGCGGUAGCCAACGAGAACCAGAACCAGCGGUCCUCCCCGGAGCAGUUGGAGGAUCUGUGCCCCAGCCCGCCGCUCGGCCUGCAGCCGCCCAUCAACCUGACGCAGACGGACGCGGCGCUCAUCGAGUACACCAGCAGCAUGCUCGGGUCCAAUUUACUGUACGGCCGAACCUGGUAGAAACGGAAAACUAGAGAACAUUCCCGACCCAGGACCGCAGGAGGGAAAAUGAUCCAGUUUUUAUUUCCGCGCGUAAAAACUCGGUUCCUUUACGCAGAGACUCGGACAUCCAGCGGGAUGGAGGAAAAAUAAAACCGAACUGGACCAGAACCAGAACCAGAACUUCCUCCUGGAUUAACAGGAAUAUUCCUCAGAAUUCCGGUUCACUGGUAACAAACUGGUUCAGUCUGCUGGGAACGCUGGUAUCAGAACUGAAGCGGAAAUGAAAGUCGGUUCCGUUCAGGCAUGACUGUUUCCGUUUUAAAAAUGGAAUAUUUCAUGUAAAAAACUGGAUUUUUAUUGUAUUUAAAAUUAUUUCUUUUGUCUCAAUGAACUGAAUCUAAAUAAAAUGA